AUGGCUUUCCCUGCCUCAAGUACUUCAGUGCGUCAUCUCCUUGAUUCCUCUGUUUACUCGCUGCUCAAAGCCUCUUGGCCGAGUCCGCUGCCGUCUGGCCGCUCGGUAGACUGGGUUCUUGACCAGCUUCUUGUCCCUCCACCGGUCACCACACUUCGCGUGAAUGCGGUAGGCCCGCAGGCGGUAGAAGAAGCCAUUGUUACUGCAGAAGAGUUUUUCCGCCCGAGGGCUGUUCGUCGUCACCCUCUUCUUGAUGACGUGUUGAUCAUUUCCCACGAGGCUUGCCGCCCCCCUGAGCGCGCGGCUGCCACUCCUGGAGUCGCCGAGAGUAUAUCCGAGACACAGCUUGGUGCUGCGGGAAGCCGUGGUGGUGAGUGUCGCCUCAUUUUGUCUGAAGAUGGAGGCAAGUCACUGAAUCGUGGGACACACUGUCGCGGUUGCCCCGAAGCGGGAGAUGCGGCUGCUGUUGCCCGCGCGCAGCAGGCGGCGCACGACCGCGGUAGCGAAGGGUGCACUGCCGUCCAUACCAACGGCGAGACUCUGCCCCGAGAUGGCAUGCAGGACAGGCAGCAGAGCGGCAAGUACCCUCUGAUUCUUGUAGACAGACGAUGUGGUCAAGCCGUUCUGCGCGGCGCGCAUGUCUUCUCGGCAGGCGUUCUAGCCUCCGAGCCGCACCUUAGAGUGGGGGCGGUGGUCGAAGUGUACACUUUGCCUAGGCGCCUUAGGCAGCCGGAGCCCCCGGAGGGCUGUCACCGUGCGCAGAGAGCUGACACGCGUAACAGUGUAUCACCCCCCAGCCCUACCUGUGGCUGCGGGGGGGAUUGUCGAUUGGCGCAGCACCGGGAGCCGCGACAGCAUCUGCAACUGGCUCGUGAGCGACAGAGUGGAGAGAACCUGCGAGAGCUCAAAUGCACAAGAGGGACAGAGCCGGAGUCCUCAGAGGCUGGGGACUCAGGUACCUACCACAACGACGAUUGGGGCCUCUCGUCUAUCCUGCGGGGGACAUACCUGCGCGCAUCUCUUCCUGAACGCGUGAGGAGAUCAGGGCUGUUUUGUGGCCGCGGCAUUCUGCACCAAAACCUAGGCGAGGUGUACGCGAAGAAAGAAGGCGUUGCUAUUGAAAUGGAGGGGGCAAUUGAUCUCUCCAGCCUCCCGUCAUGUCUGGUGGCACAGAAUCUUCCGUCAAUCGUGGUGGGGCAUGUUCUCGCCCCUCAGCCAGGAGAAAAAGUUUUGGACAUGUGCGCGGCUCCUGGUGGUAAGACUCUUCAUCUGGCGACUCUCAUGAAGGGCCAAGGCUGGAUCGUCGCAGUUGAGCGCUCGAAGACAAGGACUCAGAAGCUGCGCAGAUUUCUUGCUUCGUCGCCGCAUGCGGCUAUCGUUGAGGCAGUGUGCGGGGAUAGUGCCAAAGCGACGUGGAAAAGCGCUCGGAUCCAGAAAGAAGCUGUAUGCGGACAAUGUCUGGAUGGGUACUUCGACAGAGUGCUUGCAGACGUUCCUUGCACCGCCCUAGGCCUACGACCCCGCAUCGAUUUUGAAGGCCUCGACGCCGCUGCCGUUUUAUCGGCCGCAGCUUACCAGCGCGAGUUUCUGGCAACAGGCUGUCGGUUGCUGAAAACCGGUGGGACUCUUGUAUAUUCCACAUGCUCCAUCUCGAAAGAAGAAAACGAAGGGAAUGUUGCAUGGGCUCUUGCUCACCUGCCACUGGUGCUGGAGCCCGCGGCACCGUUCGUUGGCAGUCGCACGGUGGAGUGCGUGGAUGCUGCCACCCGCCUACUUUCCGCAGCAGAUGCCGAAAAGCUUCAGCGUUUCUGUCCGUCAGCGGAUAGUAUCGGAUUCUUCAUUGCAAAAUUCCGAAAGACUACGGUUCAGUCAUCAGUAAUAUAG